AUGUCACGCUAUGAUCCAUUAUUCGAAGGCAAUUCUCCUGAUGAAAUACUUAAAAAGAUAUCAAGUAUGGGUGUUAACAUUGAUACAAAGGCAGAUGCCAAAAAACCACGAAGAAGACAAUUAACAAAAAAUAUUUCGAUUCAGACAGACAUUGAAAAUGAAAUAGUGGCAAACGAAUCAGUUAAAAAUUGGCUUUUUAAGGAAGCUCCAGAAAUUAAACCCGAAACUAAAUUACAAAUUGAAAAUUCAUUUUCAUUUGCUCAAUUUACUGAACAGAAAGAUCCAUUAUCAUUUGAUGAUGGAUCUUACUCAGAUGAUCCAGUUCUAAGAGAACUGAGAAAUAGAAUGAAAAUGUUAAAAUUAUAA